AUGGCCUCCCCUAGCGUUCUCACCUUUGACGCUGAGGAUCGGGCAGUUGACUUUGAGGUCUGGGUAGAUGAUCUGCAACUUUUCCUACAGUGCGAUAGGGCAGACGGCCUCUCCGUAUUUGACCUCACUUCUGGUGCCUCUCUGGCCCCUGCUGCUGAUGCUGAUGCCACUGUUCGCUCACAAUGGGCCACACGUGAUGCUGCUGCUCGCCUUGCUGUUCGCCGCCACUUACUAAGCACUGAGCGUGCACACUUUAGCCAGUACAAGAGUGCCCAGACCUUGUACGACGCUGUAGUUGCACGCUACUCUUCCCCUGCCACUGCCGCAUUGAGCCGCCUCAUGCUACCGUACCUCUUCCCUGACCUUGCUGCCUUUCCCACAGUCGCUGACCUCAUUACGCACCUCCGCACUAGUGACACUCGCUACCGCGCUGCGCUUCCUGCUGAUCGGUCGGCGCUGCGUCUGCCCCGAGCGGGAGACGCCGCACCGGCAAGGGCAAGGGGGGCAAGGGCGCUGGAGGGGUUGGAGGGGGUGGUGGAGGUGGUGGUGGAGGCAGUGGAGGGGGUGGGGGUGGUGGUGGGAGUGGUGCCGGGGGUGGCGGCGGCGGCGGCGGCGGCAGCAGUGGAGGAGGUGGUGGCGGUGGAGGUGGCGGAGGGAGCGGAGGCGGCAGAGGUGGCGGAGGUGGAGGAGGUGGCGGAGGCGGCGGAGGCGGCGGCGGCGGCGGUAGUGGAGCGGGUCGCGACUCUGCGCAGAGGAGUGGCUCAGCGCGGUGGGGGUUUUGGUCCCUGCGCUUACGUCCUCCGUUCCGCCGACCGCGCUGGUGAGCACUGCGGAGGCCCGCACUCCACCCAGGGCUGCUUUGGUCGCCUGAUGGACGCGUGGCGUCACCAGAUCCCUGAGGCGUCAGAGAUCCCUCGCUGGGGAGAUCUGACUAAGGCCGUGGUUGCCAUCUUUGAUCUUGACUUAGAUGCUAUUCUUGCUGCCAUGUAUGCUGUUGAUACUAGUGUUGAGGGUGCCUGUUUCCUGUGUGUACCGCCUUACCCGGGCAUUGAGGCCGCUGCUCAAGGUGCUGGUGAGGCUGCUGCUCUAGGUGCUAGUGCGUCUGCUGCCCCAGGUGCUACUGCAUCUGCUGCCCCUGGUGCUGGUGAGUCUGCUCUCUCAGGUACUACAUCGGCUCAGGCCUUCCACACCUUCACCCUGGACUCGGAUGCGUCCCGCUCCUUCUUUCGAGACCGCACCACUCUUACGCCGCUCAGUCGGCCGGUUGCAGUCUCCCUGGCAGACCCCUCUGGGGGUCCUAUCCUUGCUAGCUUCUCUACUGUCCUACCGUGCCCGGCACCCCCCUCUGGCACCCUGUCUGGUCUCUACCUCCCCUCGUUCUCUACGAACUUGGUGAGUGGAGUGGACCUACAAGAUAGGGGGGUUGAUCAGUUCACUCCUGCGAGUCAGUGGGUGACCCACUGCACGUGUGCUCGGACAGGCCGACACUUGGCCACGUUCACCCGUCGGCCAGGGUUGAGCCUGUACACCCAUACUACUGAGUCUCCUCCUGCUGCUGAGUCUGUCCAGGUAGCUGCGUCGAGUCAGGUGUUUGCUGCGGCGUCCAGGUCUGGUCCUGAGUCUGCCCCUUGCUCGUCUCGUUUGCUGUCCCACCAGACUCUCCUUUGGCACCACCACCUUGGUCACCCCUCCUUGCCUCGUCUCCGAGGCAUGGCCUCCCGUGUCCUUGUCUCUGGUCUCCCUCCGUCUCUCCCUCCCCUUCCUCCGGGGCCUGGCCCUACCUGCGUCUCCUGCAUGGAGGGGUGA